AAGGAGACACUCUGACGAACAGCACAUUUUGGGGACCCACUUGGUGUGUGUGUUCUUGGUUGCCUGUUCCUUCUUCCGUCUGUACAGCGUGGUCCCUGUAACGGCAGGGGUAUCAGCCUCCCUCUUUCCUCUGGAGGACCGCCCCUCUUGGGACUCUGAGGAACAAUGGAAGUCUUGGGGUUUCUCAAACUGGAAGUGAAUGGCCCCAUGGUGACAGUGGCCCUGUCAGUGGUCCUCUUGGCCCUCCUGAAAUGGUACUCCACAUCAGCGUUUUCAAGACUGGAGAAGCUGGGCAUCAGACACCCCAAGCCUUCUCCUUUUGUUGGAAACUUGGCAUUUUUCCGCCAGGGUUUCUGGGAAAGCCAAAUGGAACUAAGAAAGCUACAUGGACCUCUGUGUGGGUACUAUCUUGGUCGCCGGAUGUUUAUUGUUAUCUCUGAUCCAGACAUGAUCGAGCAGGUGUUGGUUGAGAACUUCCAUAACUUUACCAACAGAAUGGUGUCUGGCUUGGAGUCCAAACCCGUAUUGGACAGCGUCCUGUUUUUACGUGACAAAAGAUGGGAAGAGGUCAGAAGUGUCCUGACUUCUGCUUUCAGUCCUGAGAAGCUCAAUGAGAUGACUCCCCUAAUCAGCCAAGCCUGUGACAUGCUCCUGGCUCACUUAAAAGGCUAUGCGGAAUCCGGGGACGCUUUCGACAUCCAGAGGUGCUACAGCUGCUACACUACAGAUGUGGUCGCCAGUGUCGCCUUUGGCACCCAGGUGGACUCCCGGGGGGCUCCUGAGGACCCCUUUGUGAAGCACUGCAGGCGUUUCUUUGCGUACUCCAUCCCCAGGCCGAUCCUGGUUUUAAUCUUAUCAUUUCCAUCCAUAAUGGUCCCACUGGCCCGGAUUUUGCCCAAUAAGAACCGAGAUGAACUGAAUGGCUUUUUUAACAAAGUCAUUAGGAAUGUGAUUGCCUUGCGGGACCAGCAAGCAGCAGAAGAGAGGCGGAAAGAUUUCCUCCAACUGAUCCUGGACGCCCGACAUUCCUCCACCUCCGUGGGCGUGGAGAGCUUUGACAUGGUCAGACAAGUCUUCUCCACCGACUGUGCAGCGGGUCCCUCCCACCUGCACCAGCCCAGACGCCUGUCCAAGCCUCUGACUGUGGAUGAGGUCGUGGGCCAGGCCUUCAUCUUCCUCAUUGCUGGCUACGAGAUCGUCACCAACACGCUCUCUUUUGCCACCUACCUCCUGGCCACCAACCCUGACUGCCAAGAGAAGCUUCUGACAGAGGUGGACAGCUUUAAUGAGAAAUUCACAACUGGGGGUCUGAGAACAGAGAUCCUGCAUUGGGGCGGCACCCAAGAGCCCGUUCCAAGCAUGGUGUCGUGGCGGGGCCUGGUCUUCGGGCGAGGUGUGAGAAGCCAGGCGGGCAUUCUAGGAGCAUCUUCAGGGAGAAACCAAGUCAGAGAGAAGGUCAGACCUGCCGGAGGAGAGUGGUCAAUCUAAACAGGCCGGCCAGAGGGGAGGAACCUAGGGCUCAAGACACCAGGAUGGAUGCGGAUGGGGGAGGGGCACACAGGGCUCCUCAGCUCCUCAGCUGAAGCAGCAGUGAGCGCUCACCAAGCGCUUACUGUGUGCCAGGCAUCGGUAAGUGCCGUCUGCAAACAGGCUUUUUGCCGACUACGCGAGGUGUAUUUGUAUUAUCUCCAUCUUACUGGGUGAGAAACUGAGGCUGACAGUGAAGCUGACCACAGUCACACAGCCGAGAAGCAGCGAGACGCAAAUUCCGAUGUGGGCGAUGUGACUCCUGUGGGCUUCUACGCAAGGCACAAUACUGGCUCCCGAGGUGGAAGCUUGAUGUGGAAAGAGGGGGAAGACCCUGAAAGAACUCCCCAGGCUGUCUGCACAGAGCUAGACUUUACAUAACGUUCUGUAAGCCAUGGGCUUAAGCAAUGCCCUGGGAACUUAAAGAUACAGCUGAGACUCAACCCUCAGGCCCCAUUUCCUGUAGGGUGUUACAGGUGACUCCAGGGUGCAGCUGAACUUGAGAACCAGCAUGAAUCAAAACGCAAGAGGAAACUGCUCUUCCCUGCUCUUUCCACGGCAGAGCCCAGAGGCCAGGGGGACCCCAGAACGGGAGUCUCACUUCCAUUCCUCAACAGGGACUGGAGUUUCAAGUUCUCACACCCCAAGUGAGGCCGCAAUGGGCUGGGGCAGAGGAAAUGUACUCUGGCCAAGACUGACCGACAGUCUGACGACCGGGUACAGAGGCCGCAUGCGGCUUUUCCGUUCGACUGUACUGUACUGUUUCCAGCUCGACUGGCCAGUAUUCUUAUGGGAAUGUUCAGGACCCCCUCCUUCCUUGGCUAACAUACGUGUGAAGUCUCACCCCGUGUUUCCUAGCUUCACUCCUCAUAAAUCAGUUUUCAGGGCCUCUGAGCCUAAAACAGUUAGCUACAGAAAGCACAAUUUUGAUUACAACUUGAUACUUCCACUAAGAGCACUCAUCAGAAAGAAAGGUAACGCACAGGAACACGAAGAGGUUUCCGAAGUGAAUUCCAGACGUUUUUGCUCUAAAUGCAUAUGACUGUUGCCCUAUUUUUAAUUUACCUUAAAAAAACCACAUUGGUGGGGCGCCUGGGUGGCUCAAUCGGUUAAGCGUCCAACUUCGGCUCAGGACACAAUCUCACG